AUGUCCGAAGUACCAGCCUCAAUUCUCCGCGCCCUAUCCAUUCCCAACCCCUCCAAAGCUACACUCAGCACAGCCGGCCUAGGCUCCGGCUUCACCAGCACAGGCGUAGUCAGAGCGACCGUCCCAGGCACAGACGGCCAGAAUGAAGAGCGCAAGUACUUCGUCAAGACUUCUGCCGACGGCGAAGCCGCGAAGGAGAUGUUUCUAGGCGAAUACGAAUCCCUGAACGCUAUCUCGUCCGCCGUGCCGGGUUUCUGUCCCCGCGCCAUAGCUUGGGGCCCUCUUGAAGAGGGCGGCAAGCCUGGAAAGAGCUACUUCCUCGCGACUGAGUUCCUCGAUCUCCGAGCUGCUGGUCAUGGUGGUCCAUCUCUUGCACAGAGGCUGGGAAAGCUCCAUUCGACGCCCGCCCCGAUUGACCCGAAGACGGGAAAGCGGCUGUUUGGAUUCCCCGUGCCGACGUUUUGCGGGGACACAAAACAGCCGAAUCGAUCGUGUGAGUCGUGGGCGGAAUUUUAUGCAAAUGAGCGGCUCUUGACAAUCUUGGCGACGUCCGAAAAGCGAAAUGGGAAAGAUUAUGGAUUGAGGAGUUUAGUUGAGAAGACAGCAGACAUUGUUGUCCCGGCGCUUUUGGGGGAUGGACAUCUCGGGUACGAUACGUCUGGAAAAGGGCAGGGAAUUACUCCUGUUGUUGUCCAUGGGGAUCUCUGGAGUGGGAAUGCCAGCCGCGGCCGCAUUGUAGGGAGUGGGCGGAAAGAGGACGAGGUGGUUGGUGAUGUGGUCUACGACCCGUCGGCUUGUUAUGCGCACAGUGAGUAUGAGUUGGGGAUCAUGAAGAUGUUUGGGGGAUUCGGGUCGGCUUUCUUCAAUGAGUAUCAUAAGAUCGUGCCGAAGACAGAGCCGGUUGAGGAGUAUGAGGAUCGGGUCAGGCUGUAUGAACUGUAUCACCAUCUUAAUCACCAUGCGAUCUUUGGGUCUGGAUAUCGAUCUGGUGCUGUAUCAAUCAUGGAGAGGCUGCUCAAGAAGUAUGGCUGAGCGAAGUAUAUAGUUCCCCUGAGCCUGUGGUGAUAAUAUUCCACCAUCACCUAUUUAUACAUAAUUUACGAGAUUAAGCAAAUACAAAU